AUGGAUGGUAUAGAGAUGAUCGACAUCGAAGUCGGAGAUGCCGGCGACGUCGAAGUCCGAGCACAACCCGACCGGCCCCAGAUGUGGACAUGGAUACAAAGGAUUUGUAUACCGUCCCAUGACUUCCCUAAUCCCGAUGGACUCGCCGCAGCCGCGGAGCCCGAGCAAUGCAGCAGAUGUGCGUGUUUGUGCUACGCGGUCCUUGUCGAGCUUGUUAUCAUCACCAUUUUUUUCACCCUGAUGUUACUCGUCGUACAGUUCCAUCCGGCAACCUUUGCCGGUCGAGCAUUGCGUGUUAUUGGACAUGUCGUGGGUAUGAUAGGCCUGUUCGUUGCCGUGUCUGGAUUCAUGCUUGUGUGCCGUUUUCUAACCGAGGCAAUUAUUGGGAAUCCCGAGGGGUAUAGACUGAUUGAUUUAUUAUUCAUGUAG